GCGUAAGUAUAUGUGGGCAUGGUGAUGUGAUGUGAGGAUUUUUUUGAAGCUCCUACUGUCAUACAGCGGUGAAAAUCUCUGGGUGUGUGAAAGCAGUGCGCAACAGCAACCACAGCCAGUCUUAUAGAAAGUCACUGACCAUGACGCGCUGGCGCUCCUUUACGCAGGCAGGACUUCCACAGUUUGCUAAUAAUUACAGAAACCAGCAUUAUUUCAGAGAGAAAAUGACCAUGUUUUAAUGUUUUCCGUAAUCAUAUUCUGGAUACAAACACAGUGGAAACGAACUGGAAGUGGAUUGAGAGAACAGUAGCCACGUUCUUCAGUGAAGCAACGAUGGAGGAGCAGCGGGAUCUGACCAGCACGGAUAGCAGCGAUGGAGAGAGCGUCUCCCCUUCUCCAAGCCUGCCCUCGCCUCCUAUACUGCCUCUACAGGUCGCUCAACAAGCCCACAGAACCACCAACUUUUUCAUUGACAACAUUUUGCGACCGGACUUCGGCUGCAAGAAGGAGCAUGGUCUGGGCCCGCGGGAGAGAGCGCAGACCUCCGACCGUGAGCGCGUCCACUCGGUCAGCAGGCCGAGUUUUCCCGGGACGCCGUGCCAGGACUCAAACUGUAGCAGUGACAGCACGUCGUCCUCUGCCUCCUCCAAUGCCUCUUUGACGAAUCCCAGGAAGAGCAACGGUAGCUGCGGAGGAUCUGCAACGGCCGACGUAUCUACCGGGAGCAGCGGCACUGUUAAAGCUGAGGAAAGGACUGGCAGUGUGGCCGGGGAAAACACCUCCUCUUCACUGGUCGUGUUGAAAGCCACCGGGGCACCAACACCGGAGACCCAGCCGCUGCUCUGGCCUGCCUGGGUCUACUGCACGCGGUACUCGGACAGGCCCUCAUCUGGGCCAAGGACACGGAAACUGAAAAAGUCGAAAAGUGGAAAAGAGGACAAGCGGCCGCGCACGGCCUUCACGGCUGAGCAGCUGCAGAGACUGAAGACGGAAUUCCAGGUGAACCGCUACAUAACGGAGCAACGGCGGCAGUCUCUGGCCCAGGAACUCAACCUCAACGAGUCCCAGAUUAAAAUAUGGUUUCAGAAUAAGCGGGCUAAAAUCAAAAAAGCCAGCGGCUUCAAGAACGGGCUGGCGCUGCAGCUGAUGGCGCAGGGACUGUACAACCAUUCCACCACCACCAUCCAGGAGGACAAGGAAGACAGUGACUGAGGAGCACCAACGGAAGAGUCGCUGUCCUCCACACACUCUGUACAUUGUAAAUAAAUGUCUAAUUUUACGAGGACGACGGGGAGGGUGGUGAGGGCGUCAUCAGCUCUUCUCUUCCUCACCUCCUUCUCUUCCUCCUCAGAAGUGACUUCACAACACAAGAGACAAAUGCACACUUCUGAACUGACCUGCCACCACAAAACCAAAGAUUUUAUUGGAAAGCAGAGCCUGGAAAGUUUCACUAACAAUAAAGAAAAAGAAAAAAACUCGCCCAGGCAAGGAACUUCAUUAAAACUGUAGUUUUAUUGUUUUUUUCUGGAUCAACCGACAUCUUUAGAGUUGUAAUAAUCCUAAAUUAUAUUCGACCGAGAUGCCAUACACAGAUUAAGUGCCAAUAAGUAACGACGUUUUGAUGAUAAAUGGAAGUCACUUUAAAAGACACAAUCUCUGCGGGAACAUGGAAAUAUUCACAUUGUCGUUGCUUUAAUGUGGAGAUGACUUUGAAAUUACACCAUGCAAAAAAUCUCAACGAGUAAUUUACCAGUGACCCCAGAACCAGGGACACUAUUACAUUAAAUAAAUUCAGAUAAAACAAAAUAAAAUAACAUAAAAUAAACACACGAAAAAGGUAAAAUGAAACAACUUUCAAUUCAAAAUUAUUCACAUUGAUAAGAAAUAAUACAGUUUCUGCAAUGUUUCCAUGCGGGCCUGUAUGGAGCAUGUCUGAGAGAAUGAGAGAAUUUCAUUCCAAAAUUUUCACGAUGGUGCUUUUGUAAUAUCUCUCGGGAAAUGACUGAAGGCAAUGAACAGUUUGUACAAGGAACAUCUAAGCAUAUAGAUAUAUGCAGAAAGCUGAAACUGUAUUCAUACCAAAUCACAAACAUUUCCUCACACAUCUCUCUGGAGCUGUGCGGCAACAGGCUCCACAGCAAACAGCUUCCCUGGACUAUCCGUCUGAAACAUAGCCAAUGUUACUGCUUCCCGAAGAAGAGCACGGGAGGAGUGUAUUAUGUACAGUUAUACCGUGUUUCCAAAUAAACAAUUUUAUAUUGAAAAAAAAA